CGCUGAGAUUCUGAGGACGACGAUUCGUCUGACGCGACUCUAACCUGGCUUGUCAGUGCGUGGCGGGAUCCCGGGAGCGCCACUCUACCUCCCCUUCACUUUCAAGCGAUUAGUAUCUAAUGUUUGUGUAAGACAGAAGAAAAGGAUGUCAUUCCGUAAAGUAAGCAUCAUCAUCUGGGUCCUGGCCAUUGUUCUCUUCUUACUGGUUUUGCACCAUAACUUCCUCAGCUUGAGCAGUUUGCUAAGGAAUGAAGUUUCAGAUUCAGGAAUUCUGGGGCUUCAGCCCAUAGACUUUGUCGCAGAUAUUCAUCAACAUCCAGUAAAUGGGAGACAAGAGGAGAUUCCCGUGGUCAUUGCUGCCUCUGAAGACAGGCUGGGUGGGACAAUUGCAGCCAUAAAUAGUAUUCAUCAUAACACUCGAUCCAAUGUGAUUUUUUACAUUGUUACGCUCAACAGUACAGAAGACCAUCUCCGAUCCUGGCUUAACAGUGUUUCCCUGAAAAGCAUCAGGUACAAAAUUGUAAAUUUUGACACUAAACUUUUGGAAGGGAAAGUAAAGGAGGAUCCUGACCAGGGGGAGUCCAUGAAACCAUUAACCUUUGCAAGGUUCUACUUGCCAAUUCUGGUUCCCAGUGCAAAGAAGGCCAUAUACAUGGAUGAUGAUGUAAUUGUACAAGGUGAUAUUCUUGCCUUGUACAAUACACCACUGAAGCCAGGACAUGCUGCUGCAUUUUCAGAAGAUUGUGAUUCAACCUCUACUAAAGUCAUUAUUCGUGGAGCAGGGAACCAGUACAAUUAUAUUGGCUAUCUUGACUAUAAAAAGGAAAGAAUUCGUAAGCUUUCCAUGAAAGCCAGCACCUGCUCCUUCAAUCCUGGAGUUUUUGUUGCAAACUUGACUGAAUGGAAAAGACAGAAUGUAACUAACCAGCUGGAAAAAUGGAUGAAACUUAAUGUAGAAGAGGGAUUGUACAGUAGAACACUGGCUGGCAGCAUCACCACACCGCCUCUGCUUAUCGUAUUUUAUCAGCAGCAUUCCACCAUUGAUCCUAUGUGGAACGUUCGCCACCUUGGUUCCAGUGCUGGAAAACGGUAUUCACCCCAGUUUGUAAAGGCUGCCAAGUUACUUCACUGGAAUGGUCACUUCAAGCCUUGGGGAAGAGCUGCUUCAUAUGCUGAUGUUUGGGAAAAAUGGUAUAUUCCAGACCCAACAGGCAAAUUUAGUUUAAUCCGAAGACAUAUGGAUACCUCAAACAUAAAGUGAACUACAAUUUAAGUAAGCUAAAUGCAGCACUCAGGAAAUCCUGGAAGACACAACAUGUGGGAAGUUAACUGUUAGGCUUGAGUCUCUGUAGCAACCCACAGAAAAGUCUAUGUUUCAGCUGGGUAGAGAUCACAAAUUGCUUCUGUGGCAGUCAGGUUCCCAGAUGACUACAAUGUCUCCAUCUGCCUUACCAAAUGUUUGCUUACUAUAAUACUGUUGACUGACCUGAAGGACAGACUGACAAAUCCAUCAUUAGUUCAUUUACUUGCUGUAGUUAGGAGGAACUGCAGCUUGGUUUUAAUCUUUGUAACCUAUGGCCCAGUUUGUAAAUAAAAUCUACCUUUUCCAAUAAAUCUCUUAGCUUCCAGACAACUAAUGCUCUCCCCCAUACUGUAAGAAUGUAAACACUGGCUGGGAAUUGGUGGCACACGCCUUUAAUACUAGCACUUGGGAGGCAGAGGUAGGCAGAUCCCUGUAAGUUGGAGGCCAGCCUGAUCUACUGAGUUCCAGGACAGGCUCCAAAAUAAUAAAGAGAAACCCUAUCUCAAAGGAAAAAAAAAAAAAAAAAAAAAAAAGUAAACACUGCUGCUCUUUCGGAGUCCAAUUUCCAGCACAACUAUAUUCUAGUUCCAGGAGAUCUAAUGCAUUCUAGAGACUCCACCUCAUGGCAUGUAUCUAUCCACCCAUCCUGGACAUUUUUUGAGACAGGGUUUAUGUGUAGCCAUAGCUGUCCUGGCCUCACUCCCUCUGUAGACCAAGCUGGUCUCGAACUCAAGAGAUUCACCUGCCUCUGCCUACCAAGGGCCAGAAUUAAAGGUAUACACCACCAUGCCUGAUCAUAAACAAAUCAUAAAGACAAAUGCAUGUAAGCAUUUUGCAGUUUGUUUUUAAUGCAUAACAUGAUACAUAUUCACAACAUUUACAGUUUGUUUCAUGCCAACCUGGGACUCUAUACACAAAACAUUUUAAUGCAGCAAUUGUCUGUAGCAAUUUUAUAGAUAAUCUGUUUUAAAGUCAUAGUCAUCAUCCUCUUGACUCAUUUCAUCCAAAGUAAAUGAUCUGUCAGGUGGUUUAUCUGUAUUGGAGAAAAAGAAAAGCAAAAUUUUAUACACAAAAAUAAACCCAACUGUGCUCAAAUUA